GAAAAUAAUUGAGAAGCACUGAUUUAACCCAUCCCCGUGUGAUUUUAAUCCAUCCCCUGGGGGAGAGGGGAGCAGUAAGCAGCAGGGGUGCCGCGCUCGGGAAUCAUUUGGUGAUCUAACCCCCCAAUUCCAACCCUUAACGCGGAGUGCCAAGCAGGGAAGCAAUGGGUCCCAUUUUCAUAGUCUUUGGUAUGACCCGGCCGGGGUUUGAACCAGAGGCGUAGCCAGGAAUUUUCCCAGUAGGGGCGCGCGCCCACAGGAAAAAAAAAUCGAUCACCCAUGCCGUUCGCUGAUCGCUAAAACAACAUCCGGGUCCGGUAGGCAAACGGUGAAUGGAUAACAUCGCGCACAUAGAAUAGCGCAAGCACAUUCGUGCAAGACCGGAAAAAAAAACAGCAUGAAAAUGAAGAAUCGAAAAAGCUCGAUUUUUUUUCAACCGGGGCGCAGGGAGUCCUAACCGGGGCGCCGCCCCGGCUUGGAUACGCCUGUUUAGAACCCACAACCUUUCAGUCUAAGGGCGGACACUCUACCACUAGAGCCACUGAGCUAAUGUUCUGCUGCUCUUGGGAAAGUUCCAUAUUCACAAAGCAAAGGUUAGUAAUUUGUCUCCACUUGUCCCUUUUCUUUUGUUUGAGCUGAAAUAAUAUGUCCGUGUUUUGACUCGUUUCUAACAAGAAAAGUGUGCGUACAUUAUUAUUUUUAGAAAAAUGUCUUUGUGUUCUUAAACCAAAUUGAAUCAGUCUUUGAAUCUUUUAUUUUGUGCUGCUUUGGCGAAUUUAUCCUUUGAUCUGUUUGAUAUGUUUAUUCUACAAAAGAAAACUUGAAUGUUUGUAUAAAGUUUGCAAAACGAAAAACGGCGCGGCUCGACCAUUGCACCCCGCCAAUGGCGGUUAAGCUUCGCCCAUUCAUCUCGGUGUGUUGCGUUCAGGAAACUCACUUCAGCUCGGAGGGUGGGCCACUUUUUAAAUGAACAAUGUUCAUUCAACUGUAUCCAAUCGGCACACGGUUGUUGUGCUGUUACGUUACUGUUACGUAAGUGACAGUUACGUAAACCAUUAGAUUAGAAUUCCAGUCGAACAAUGAUGGACAUUUUCAAAUUUGACGAGAUUUCAAGCACAGUUCAGAAGGCACCCUCGUUAGUACCUUGAAGGUGGCGUGCCGGUGGUGGAAGGUCUUGAAACUAGUUGAACUAAAGCGUGACAAGUGUGCCGUCAGUAGCGUUUCUGAUUUCAUUCAAAGAGACAUUUGGGCGUCACAGAACGGGCCACUCGACGAUGCAUAGCAUUAGCACAGAGACUUUUCCGCGUUUUGUUCCGGUACGUAAAGUAGACAAAAACUUAGUCAACAAGCCCCCAGUGAGAAAGCCCGCUCUACCCGGGACAGUUUGUUGUUCCGCCUCGCGGCUUACUUUGCGUUGCCACAAACGCACGCAGACACACAAAAUCGACGAGGGGGCACAACGUAUCCGAACCUUUGCUGUUAUACUGAGCCCGAACAGAGCGGCCACCCGAGAUGCCGCUUCUUCACAGGAAAGCCUUCGUCCGCCAGGAGCCUCCGGCCGACUUGCGUCCCGACGAGGAGGUCUUCCUUUGCCGCAUCACCCAUGAAAUCUUCCGCAGCUACGAUGAAUUUUUCGAGAGGACCAUCCUUUGCAACAGCCUGGUGUGGAGCUGUUCCUUGACAGGCCGAGCGGAUCUCACCUACCUGGAGGCAGUGGAAAGCGAGCGACGGGCUAAGCAGACCCUUCAGAACUUUCCGCACUCACUGGUGCGGCCGCUGCUGCACCUGGCGGCACUUGGGCGUCGCAGCCGCCUGAGCGAGCUCUGCGAGGAUGUCUACAGCUUUGCCAAAGACCGCUUCUUCCCCGGUGAGACGGUGGACGUCAGCGGACGCGACGAGGCCAGGCAUAUGUGCGAAAUCCUUCAGGUCCACUCGUCACAUUCCAGCACAAACGGAGCACCAACCGUUAACGGACAUAAUAAGUCAGCCACCAGCAACGUCAUCGUCAUCAGUGACAGCGAUGAUGACGAAGCCGCCGCCUUUCAGAGUCCCAGCAGAAAAAGGAAGAGGCCUCUGAGUCCAUCCGCGUUCAAGUACGAGGUAAGGAUCAUGACUGAGGAGCACAGCGAGCCGUUUGUCGUCAGAGCCAAUCAGAUCAGUCGCAGGAAAAACGUGAUGUCGUGCGAGCGCCUGAAGCUGCUGCUCAAGCAGCACUGCGAGCCAGCCGACGGGAUGGUUCGGCUCAAGGCAUCCAGCGUGGUCAAGUACCGGUUGGCCGAGCAGAACCUUUCCCACUUCUUCCCGGAUGGGCCUCCCCGGUUCCCCUGCAGCAUCAAGAAUGAGGCGGGCUGCUUGCCGGCACAGGCCGGCACGUGGUUGCUGAAGGCGACGGCGGCGGAGAAUCUGAAGCUGCUGCAGCAGGAGGAGGAGAUGAUGCCCAAGGCCGGGCUGAAGAGGGCCCAGGAGGAGGCGGCCAAGUUGAAGGAAGACCAGAGGCAGCGCUUUGAGCAGGACAAGCAGAAGAGAAGAGAGGAGAAGGAGCGCCGCAAGCAGGAGAAGGAUCUGGAGCGUGAAAAGCUGAAGGAGGAGAAAAAGAAAUACGUGGAGAGGCUGAAACUGUGGAACAAACCCAGAGAAGACAUGGAGUGUGAAGACCUGAAGGAUCUGCCCGCUCCCACGCCCGUUAGGACUCGUCUGCCGGCCGAGCUCUUCGGGAAAGCCCUGAUGGUCCUGGAGUUCUUGCGGGCCUUCGGCGAGGACUUUGGCCUCAAGGACGAAUUCCCAGAAGGAGUCACUCUGGAGGUUCUGGAGGAGGCUCUCGUGGGUUCUGAUCCGGAAGGUCCUCUGUGUGAGAUGCUCUUCUUUUUUAUCACGGCCAUCUUUCAGGCUCUGGAUGAGGAGCGAGAGGAGGCGGCCAAAGAUGCGCAAGAAGAUCAGUCGGAAGCUCAGGACGACUAUUCGGAUCGGGUGGUGUCAGCUGCGAGUGCCGACGUGACCUCGGCUGCCGCCUGGUCUCAGCUCCACCUGGGCUGUGGCCUGCACGAGGUGGACCUGGACAGCUGCACGCUUUCGGAAAUCCUACGCCUUCACAUCCUAGCGUCCGGCGCCGACUGUAACCACGGCAACCCCAAGUUCCGCUACCAGAGGCAGGGCGGCUUCACGUCCACAGACGACCCCUGCGUGGAGCUCUGCUCAGCCCGGCCGGCGCUGAUGACAAAGCUGGCGCGCGCAGCCGUCUACGAUCUGACGGCGGGCGAGAAACUGAGCAUCCUGCAAGCCUUGACGGGCAAGCUGCUGACUUUGGCGUCCAGCAGAGAUCUGAUCGAGGAAUGCGUGGAGGAGCAACGCAUCGCCAGGCAAGAGCUGAGGGAGCUCCGGGCCGAGCGGCACCGCAGGGAGAGAGAAGAGGCGGCGCGCAGGGUGCGCCUUCGCAAAGAGGAGCGUCUGCGCGAGCAAGAGCAGCGCCUUAAGAUGAAAGAUGGGAGGACGGAAGCGUCGGGCCACCCCAAGAACACAAAAGGUGACUCAUCCGAGGACGCGUCUCUCUCCUCAGCCGAAGUCAAAGAACCGACCGCCGACCCCAAAGCUCCAACAGAACCUCCUGGCGCGCUGACGGCGGAGGAACUGGAGGCGGAGCAAGAGAAGGUACGCGAGCUGCACGAGCGCAUCCAGAAGGCGGCAGCCUGCACCAGCCUGCACCCGCUGGGCCGGGAUCGCCUUUACCGACGGUACUGGUUCCUCCCCUCGGCCUCGGCGCUCUUUGUGGAGGAGGACGGAUUUGGCCUGACUGAAGACAUGCUGCGGCCCCACCCUAAAGCCGCCCCGGACCCUGCCGCCACCGACUUGGAGGACGGCCAGCGUGUCCAGCAGGAGCCUGCGGAGGGAAGUGUCGGCUCGAGUCCAGCGCCCCUGCACUGCUGCGGCCUACCGGUUAACCGUCCCAACCAGUGGUUCUUCUACAGCUCGGUGGAGGAGUUGGACCAGCUGAUGGACGCACUGAACCCACGAGGCCAUCGAGAAAGUGGCCUGAAGGAGGCGCUACAGCAGGAGCGUGAGCGUUUGCAGGAGGUUCUGCAGGCCUGCCAGCGCAGCAAGUACACUUGCACCGGCGAUCCCGAGUCAUCCCGAUCUGUCCCGGAAUGCACCGCUGCGGCCGAGACCCUCAUGGAGGGACGCCUGAGAGACCUGCUGCUGGACAUCGAAGACCGCAUCCACCAGGGAACGCUGGGAACGCUCAAGGUUAUGGGCCGACGCAAGUGGCGGGCGGCACUGAAGACGGGAAACUACCGGCUGCUGAAUCCUGAUGGAAGCGAAGCCCCAACAGAGGACUCGACUCGCCUGAACGCCGGACACGGGCUGCCAGCAGACAAGAUGGUGGCGGUGAGAAGUCUAGCUCGGGCGCUGGGACACGUGGAACGCGGCAUCGAGAGGCGCUUCCUCAAAGCUCCGCUAGACAGCGUCAGUGACAGCAGUCGUGCUGCCAAGUCUGUGCUGGAGUGCUGGAGGGAGUCACUGCUGUCGUCUUCCAGUCUGUCGCAGGUUUUUGUUCAUUUAGCCAUCCUGGAGAGAAGCGUGCGGUGGUCUCGCUCGGUCCUGAACGCCCGCUGCCGCGUGUGCCGCCGCAAGGGCGAUGCCGACAACAUGCUCCUGUGCGAUGCGUGUGACCGCGGCCACCACACGCGCUGCCUCCGACCACGCCUCAAGAGCGUUCCAGAGGGCGAAUGGUUCUGUCCCGACUGCCGGCCCAAGAAGAGGUCCAGCCGCCUUCCUUCGCGACGGCGGUCUUUGCUGGACCGUGACAUAGAUGAGGAAGAGGAGACGAUGUCUGAGGAAGAGUCCGAGGACCAAGAGGAGUCGGAAGAGGAAGAGCCCGAUUUUGUUGUGAGUACCAGGAAGAGUCAGGCUGCGACCCCCAAAGGCAGGAGCACUCAGGCCACGUCCAAAAGUCAGCAAUUCACCACGUCAAAUGGGAAAUCCAAGUUGUCGGGCAAAAAGGAUGCAUCGCUUCUGUUCGGGGCCGGUGCGUCGGGCGGCAAGGCCCCGUCGUCCCCGUCCGGCAGCAAGAACGACAGUGGCGCCAGAAGGUCGUCGGGGCGCAAGAGAGCGCCCACCCCAGACGCUUUGCCGACUCCAUCGGAACCUCGUAAGUUAGUCCGUGUAGCCGCCGCCUCGUCCUCGAGUAGCCGCCGCUCGUCCGGGAGGAACCAAGGCGUCCACGAGCUGUCGGCGUGCGAGCUCCUAGUGGUGGAGCUUGUCCGCCACGAUGACAGCUGGCCCUUCAUGAAGCUGGUGACCCGCACACAGGUGCCCGACUACUAUGACAUCAUCAGCAGACCCAUCGCGCUCAGCAUCAUCCGAGAAAAAGUCAACAACUGCCAGUACCUCAACGCAGGUGACUUCAUCUCUGACGUGGAACUGAUGUUCUCCAACUGCCUCCAGUACAAUGCUCGCCACACCAACGAAGCCAAGGCGGGAGUGCGCCUGCAACAGUUUUUCCGCGUCCAGCUCAGCAAGUUUGGCCUCUCAGAGCAUGCCCCAAACCAAGUGCCGGCCACCAAGCGGGCUCACCUCUGAGCUUGUCAAUAUUUCACACACGUCGCAAUCUUGAGGUGACUCGUUGACCAUAUUUCAUGGGACUGCAGGGGUCAGAGGUCAUCGUGAAUUGACCAGUUUGUAGAGCAUUAUCCCGUCCCGCCGCUGGCCUUGUUACAACUACUGACCUCUGACCUGCUAAUGUUCAGCGUGUGACUACUUGUGGUGCUUGACUCGAAUCUUUUUGCACUGAAAGCAAACGCACGCGAUCAUCUUUUGCGUUUCUCAGGGACAACAACGAAAAAGUAGUAAUCUUGCUGGCUACUAAAUAAUAUUCUCAUUUCUGUUGCUCAUUCCGCAUUGUUUUUCUCCCAGAAACGCCACUAAUGGUCAGGUGUGUCAUCGUUAAAAAAGUCCACACACUCACUGGGGGGAAAAAAAGAAAAACAUUUUCAUUUUCUCUUUGUGAUCAUAAAACUUACCAAGAUUGUUUUGGUUCAGAGUUUGAUUUAUGUUCUUUGGGAAACAUCCCACUGCUUAGCUUAGCAUUCUUCAUGUGUUCAACCCCAUUUGUUGUGGCCUUUUGCCAGUGUGUUUUUGGAGUGCAGGUCGAUGUUAAAGUUUUGCCUCCUUAUUUAUUUCUGACUGAAAGAUGACAUUGCUGCUGUCACCACUUUGUGCAGCCUGCUUGUUAUGGAAAAUAAAGUGUUUUAUCAUAA